AUGUUUAACUCAGUGAAUCUAGGCAACUUCUGCUCCCAGUCGCGUAAAGAGAGGAGUGCUGAGUUUGGAGAAAGGGCAGGUUGCGCUUCUAAUCUCUACCUCCCCAGCUGUACCUAUUACGUCCCUGAAUUUUCAACUGUGUCAUCUUUCCUGCCACAGGCCCCCUCUCGCCAAAUCUCCUACCCUUACUCCACCAACCUCUCGCAAGUGCAGCCCGUGCGAGAGGUCUCCUAUGGUCUAGACCCCUCAAGUAAAUGGCACCAUAGAAGCAAUUACGCGUCGUGUUAUUCCGCAGAAGAUCUGAUGCAUAGAGAGUGCAUCCCGCCUUCCACCAUGACCGAAAUGCUAAUGAAAAACGAGAGCGUGUACAGCCACCACCACCCCAGCUCCAACCACCCGGCAUCGACGGGAUUCUACACCAGCAUGAACAAAAACACUGUCCUGCCCCAAGGUUUCGACCGCUUCUUCGAAAAUGCCUACUGCGGGGCGGAAAACCCGGCUGAGACCUGCCUGCAGAAGGGCGAGGGCAAACUGGAGGCUGACUCCCAACCCAAUGCACUGUCAUCCCGCGGAGACCAAGGUAUAGACCCGGAAGACGAAGAGGAAAACACAAAUCCAGGGUCUUCAGCCUCGUCCUCUUCUGUCAACAAGGAAGGAAGCAAAAGCAGCAAUUCGAGUGCUCCCAGAACGAGGAAGAAGAGGUGCCCCUAUUCGAAAUUCCAGAUCAGAGAGCUAGAGAGAGAAUUUUUCUUCAAUGUCUAUAUAAACAAAGAAAAAAGGCUCCAGUUGUCUAGGAUGUUAAAUCUCACUGACCGACAGGUUAAAAUUUGGUUUCAGAACAGAAGAAUGAAAGAAAAAAAAUUAAGCAGAGACCGCCUGCAGUAUUUCUCUGGAAAUCCCUUAUUGUGA